CUUCCACCACCACCACCACCACCAUCACCACCAUGCAAGCCUCUCAACCUCCUCCUCCUUUCUAUGAAAAGUACUUGCAAGACGACGUCAUGUCGCAAGAAUGCAAAGAUUUGCUCUCCUCUGUCCCUUCGGAAGAGGACUGGUUUCCCACCUCUCUGCACUUGUACCAGGGCUUCUGGUUCCCCUCUUGGCUCUUGAACGGCGUCCUCGCUUGCCAAAACCACUUCCAAGCUCACCCCUCCGACAUACUCCUCGUCACCAGCCCAAAAUGUGGCACCUCCUGGCUAAAGGCCAUCCUCUUCAGUCUCUUGAACCGCGGCAAGUACUCUGACUCUGACUCCCAACAACGCCACCCUCUCCUAACCCAAAACCCCCACGACCUCGUGCCCUUCUUGGAGCUCAGGCUCUAUCUCCAGCAAAAAAAUCCCGAUCUCACUGCUUUCGCGUCCCCAAGGCUCUUGGCCACCCACUUGCCUUAUUCCUCGCUUCCACAGUCGGUGAGGGACUCCAAGUGCAAGCUGGUUUACCUGUGUAGGAACCCUAAGGACAAUAUCGUCUCAAUGUGGCACUUCAUCAACAAGGCGAGGCCCGAAGAGAAGGGCCAGAUUCCGCUCCUGGAGUGCCUCGACAAGUUCUGCCGAGGCGUGAGCAUGUACGGGCCUUACUGGGACCAUGUGCUGGGUUACCACAAGGCAAGCUCGGAGAUGCCCGAGAAGGUGUUGUUCGUGAAGUACGAGGAGAUGAAAGAGGACCCGAGUGUUCAUGUGAGGAGGUUGGCCGAUUUCAUGGGGUGUCCAUUCAGCGAAGAAGAACUGAGGGACGGGACUGUGGAGGGAAUAUUGAGGAUGUGUAGCUUCGACAAUUUGAGCGCAUUGGAGGUGAAUAAGAGCGGGAAGUUGUCGACUGGACUAGAGAGGAAGUGGUUCUUUAGGAAAGGCGAGGUUGGAGAUUGGGUGAAUUACAUGAGUGCCGAGAUGGGAGAGAGAAUUGACGGUGUCAUGGAAGAGAAGUUGCAUGGUUCUGGUUUGAAGUUUUAGUAAAUAUGACGCUCCUUCAACAAUUUCCGGGUGUUAUGUUUUAGUUUUGAAGAUGUUUGAUUUGAUUAUGGAGAAGAAAAAGGGAAAAAAAUCAAGAAAAUAAAAAAUAAAAAGCGGAAACGAUUCGACUGUUCACACUUUGGGAAGGUCAAUGUCUAGUUGGCUAAUGAAAGCGUGCUUUUCAUGCUAUAGGAUGAAAGAUUGGCAUCGUCAAUCGUGGCUUCGUCUCCGUAGUGAGAUGCUUCAAGGUUGGGAUUCCAGUCUUCAUUUAUGUUGUACCAUUGGCAUUUGCAGGUGUUAUUUGGCCAACACGUAGUUAGCUCAUAAAAAGCUGCCUUGCU